AUGCCGGGCACUCUUGCUCCUACACCUACAAAUAUGGAAGUCGAGACAAUAAAGAAAUAUGUGGCUAUCAAGAAAGGUGGUCCCUUUCAGCUGGUGACUGGGGCUAGACCAACACCAGGUCCAGGUGAGGUGUGCAUUCGCAACCAUGCCGUCGGGCUGAACCCGCUAGAUUGGAAGAACCUUUACUACGGCGAGAUGGUCAAAACCUGGCCUGAGGUGUUCGGAAUUGACACUGCUGGCAUUGUGGAGGCUGUUGGUAAUGACGUGACGGCGUUUAAACCUGGCGAUGCUGUGAUGAGUCUUGCAGGGCAUGGCGGACGUGCAGGAGCAUUUCAGGAGGUUACUACAGUGCCAGCACACUUUGUCUGCAAAAAACCGGCGAUUUGGACUUUCGAAGAGUCUUCAUCCGUUCCAAUUUGCUACCUCACAGCAGCCGCAGCCGUUACCAAGACUUUGGGAAUGCCUCUCCCUUACAUUCGGGCGGAAUUGGGUUUAGAGGGAGAGGAUGGCUUCACUAUCAACGGUACCACAGCACCCUCCAUCCGUAGUAUCCUGGUCGUGGGCGGCAGUUCUGGUGUUGGCGCUUCAUCUGUCCAGCUACUACGACUGGCAUUGCCGUUGGCCGUGAUUAUAACAACCAAUUCACCUAAACACAACGACCAUGUUAUGAAACUGGGAGCGACAACAUGCACUGACCGCCAUGACCCGAACUUUGUAGAAAAAGCCAAGAGUGCUUGCCCAGGCGGCGACGGAGUUGAUGCCAUUAUCGACGCCGUGGGUGGUUCCGCUGAGAAUGCCGGGCUUUUUGAUGUCCUGCGGCCGGAUGGCCCAAAACUCUACAGCCAAGUGUUUACUGGCAACAAGGUUGUGAUUCCUGAAGGCGUGUCAUCUGUGACAGUCUUUGGACGCAUGAUGUUCCAGCUUCCGGGUGGUAUGUUUGCCAUGAGCAAGCUUGUGGAUCUGGUAGACGAUGGAAAAUUCAAGCUCCCAUUACAAGUCAACGUAAGUGGAAACGGCCUUGAGGCAAUUGGCCCGGGUUUGGAGAAGCUUAAGGCGGGUGUAAGCGGAACCAAGUUGGUUGUAUCUCUGUAG